AUGUCGCGGUCCAUCCUGGAGUCCCUGGAGAUGUCCACAGGCAUGAAGUGUGACUCUCACGAAGGGUGUUCCCUGCACCUGCGUGUGCGUGCCUCCUUCAUGCUGCAAGAGGACCUGAGGGGCCUGGAGGUGUGUACCAUGAAUCCAGACACCCAAGAGGUGCAAUGUCAGGGAAUGCGGGUGUCCCCGGCCUCCCGCCGACUUCACGUGGGGCAGCAGCUCCAGGUGCACUUCGACUGUUUCAAAGUGAGCGUGGCCCAGAGACUCUACCUCACCCUGAGGACUGUCCCACACUUCUGUGGUGUUCAGCUGGACCGUCAGUACCACGUGGAAGCCGGCAAGCUCACCUUUCAGGUGAACCGCAGCCGCAAGGCCAUCCUGGUGCAGGUGCCGGACAUCCCCAGGAGCCCCGACUACUAUGUUCGGCUAUGCCUCAGACGCCUCAUCUGUGAAGACAUGGGUCCCCCAGUUCGGGUGACUGCCAAUGGGUCCCGGACGGUCUCUCUGCCCUACAGUCAAGAGUUGCCCUGUCUGUGCCUGGAAGGCUGGUCUUCAACCCCUGAUGCAGUGCGGAUCCAGACCUGUCCCUUCAAAGAUGACACGGAGGCGUUGUGGGACGCGGUUUACUACCACCCAGAGAGCCAGGCGCUGAGCUGGGAGCCCACCUGCCCAGUGAGCGGCCGCGUGAGUCUGUGCUGGCGCGCGGGGCCCAGGACCCCCUGCAAUGACCUGGAGGGCUCUGAACGGCCAGUCCAAGGCAAGGUACGGUACCCGCUAGUGGACACUCAGCCCCAGCUCUGUCUUAAGUUCUCCGCACACGGGGGAGUUGGGGUGCGGUGCCCGUUUGCACAGCGGCGCUUCCCAGCCUGGAAGAUGACAGUUCAGCAAGCCCCUUCGCGGGACCUCCUCCGGGCCACCUUCUUCUCCUCCUACCCAGCCCGCUUCCAGGUGCGCCUGUGUCGGCCAAGGACGGCCGUGCUCCCGGAUUGCAGCCGGCCGCUGGAGGUCACGCCCCUCCCUGCAGCCUCGGGCGACCCCUCCUUGGAGCACGCUGCCGCCUUCGUGGACAUUCCCCGGGACGAAGCCUGUGCCCCCGGCAUCUGCAUCCAGGUGGGUCGUCCCCUUCCUCUCGUAGACCUCGGUUUCCUCAUCAGCCGCCAGGGGAAAACUCCCUCCCUAAAGCUAUAUGGGUGCUCGGCAGCCUCACCCGGCAGCCCCGGGGCUGGGCUGCGUUCCGAGAGCGCUGGCUAG